CGGCACUACAGUGCGGGGGAGUGGAGAGAUGGGCAGAUGAAUGGCUUCCAAGGGCGUAUGGCGCCAUUGGCACCACCAUUGACGUUGCUAUAAAAGAUGCGCAGACAGAGGCUGGAUAUUUGAACCGAUAUGCUCGGAUAAACCAUAGCGGCUCCCUCAGGAAGCAAGCAGAUUGGAGUAGCAUAUUUACGCUUGUGUGUGUUUGGCACCACCGCCUUCAAGGCACUCUUUGGCUCUCUUAUAUACGUCUCUGGCCUCGUCAUCUGCCAUACAGCAAGCGUCAUGUCGUUUACGUCCAUCCCCAUCCUCGACCUGGAGCUGUCCAGGGACCCGGCCACCAAGCCUGAGUUCCUUGACCAGCUUCGCAAUGCACUCAUGGAGGUUGGCUUCUUGUAUCUCAAGAAUGUGGGCAUUUCAGAUGAGCUAUGGGACGAAGUCAUCAAGGAGGGUAAAAGCUUCUUUGACAUUCCCCAGGAAGAAAAGCUCAAGAUUGAAAUGAAGAAUGCGCCAUCCUUCCUAGGCUACUCCCAGCUAUCCGCAGAAAUCACAGCCGGAGCCGUAGAUCACAGAGAGCAGAUUGAUCUCUCAACCGAGCACGUCCUCCCAGGCCCGGGCGCGCCGGCGUACUACAACCUGCUCGGCCCCAACCAGUGGCCUUCGGAGGAGAGCGCGCCAAAGUUCCGCAGCACUUACACCGAGUACAUGCGCCAGAUGGGCGAAAUCACCAUGUACUUCACCUCGCUGAUUGCCGAGGCCAUCAAGCUGCCGAGGGACGCCUUUGAGAAGUACGUCGAGGCGGAACCGCAGCACAAGCUCAAGAUCAUCAAGUACCCGGACCUGGCAGAGCUGGGACUGCCGGCGGGCGUGCAGGGCCAGGGCGUCGGGCCUCACAAGGACAGCAUGCUGACGAGCUACCUGCUCCAGGCCACAAACCACCGCGGGCUGCAGGUGCAGAACGUCCAGGGCGAAUGGAUUGACGCCGCGCCCAUCGACAGGACGCUCGUGGUGGCCAUUGGUCAGGGCAUGGAAGCCCUGACGCAGGGCGUCUGCGUGUCAACGACGCAUCGCGUGCUGUCGCCAGAAUCCGGCACCGGCGCCCGCUUCAGCAUCCCCUUCUUCCAGGGCGUCAAGCUGGACGCCACCUUUGAAGAGCUCGAGACGGUCGGCGUCGGCCGCGUGCCCGAGGACAUCAGGCAGCAGAGGCAGAGGAUUGUGGAAAAGAGCGGCGGGCGCAUCGACGACGUCGAGUUCACGUUCCGCAGCGGCGCCGUGGCCAGCACCUUGGGCGAGGCGACGCUGCGGAACAGGGUCAAGAGCCAUCCGGAUGUGGGGGAGCGCUGGUACCCGGAGAUUCUGAAGUCGAUCCGCGAAGAGCAGGCGCUGGCGGCGCAGAAGCAGGCGCUUCGUGAUGCGCCGAGGCCGGUGACUAAUGCGGCCUCUACAGCUGUCGAGGCGCAUUAGAUGGUUGGUUGAUGUUGGGUUGAGUCAUCCAUGGCAGAAUGUGACUUUCCCAUGGAAAGGAGAGCAGGCUGAUGAUGGAAGCAAGGUCCAGCCCAGAUUGGCUUGUCCGUUAAACACAGUGAAUAAUAAAGAAAUUGAGCAAAUUGAACACUUGGUGACAAGGCUUUCCCCAGCGAAAACUAGAUUGGCUGUUUGGCUCCCUACUACCUAGUACCUAGUAGGCCUUAAAGUAUCACCGACUAUCAUAAU